AUGUUUUCAAGACUUGCUUUCUUGCUGAACCCUGAGCUUGAGGGUCAGGUGCCUGAAUCAACGGGUAACCCAGUGGUGUCGGGUCCUCUGACUCCGGCUGACCUGGAGCAGCAGCAGGAUCUACCUUCCUCCUUCGUUUUCGGCGAUAACGUCAACCUGGAGUGGCUGACCUGGGCGGGCUCUGUGCCCAACGGCGCUGUCGCAAUCUACAACGGCUACACCGAGCGCACCGACUACGUCUGCAAGUACAAGUGUGAAGCCGGCUUCUACAACCCGAGCCUGGGCCCCUACUGCCGUUACCCCUACGGAGACAGCGAGUUCUACGCCCCCGAGUUCGAGAUCCUGGCCAACAGAGACAACUUUGAGUUCCUGGAGUGGAAGGAAGAUUCCUAUGGUUCAGUGCCCCAAUAUUCAGUCAGGACCUGCCCAGGUGUUGGCAUCUACGUUGGGAAGAACAAGUACGGUCUCGGGAAGGUUGUACCUCAGUUCGAAGCCUUCUUCCUGCCUUGGGAAGGCGAUGAGUAUUGGUACAAGAAGUACCAGGUCCUGACCAUCAACAGGGAUGCCUACAGCCAGCACAUCACCGACGUCAAGUACGCCAUCGAUGAAGUCGCCAUCUUCCAGUAUCCUCCUGAGACCAUGCGCAUCUCCGGGAUCACCAACAAUGAGUGCCAGACGGUGGUGAAGACAGUCACCAUCUCAAAGACCACAGAGGUGGAGACCACCUGGAACAUCGGCCGAGCCACCAUGCUGGGCAUCACCGGCAGCAUCACGGCUAAAAUCCCCUUCAUUGGCUCCGGGGGCAUUGAGCUUGGUGGCGAGAAGACGCUGAGUUUCUCCAGAGGAACCACCGUGGUGGAGUCGCUCAGCCACUCCGUCUCCGUGGAGCUCAACAUCCCACCAAACCACUCCUGCAGAGUCCGCAUGGAGGGACGCAAGAUGAAAGCCGACAUCCCCUACACUGCCCGCCUCAGCCGCACCUACCGCAACGGAGAGACCCAGUGGACGUCCAUCUCUGGGACGUACGACGGAGUCCAGAUCGGAGAAGUCCGGGCCGUAGUGGACCGCUGUGAACCCGUUCCUGAUGCACAGCCAUGCCCCUGAAAGACAAAAAACUCACCAAAACAUACCUUUGAACAUCUGAUAUUGUAAGCAAAUGAUGUGUCAAUAAAAAAAUAAAACGAAG